AUGUCGGCCAAGAGGGCAGAACUGAAGAAAACAAACCCGAGUAAGAACUACAAGGCCGUUUGCCUGGAAUUGAAGCCUGAGCCGAUCAAAACAUGUGACUACAAAGGAAUUAAACCAGAAGGGCCAUUUACCAAAACGGGAGUGACUCGGGAGCUAAAGAAUGAACUCAGGGAGGUGAAGGAAGAGCUCAAGGAAAAGAUGGAGGAGAUAAAACAGAUAAAAGAUGUAAUGGACAAGGAUUUCGAUAAACUCCAGGAAUUUGUGGAGAUUAUGAAGGAAAUGCAGAAGGAUAUGGAUGAGAAGAUGGAAGUUUUAAUAAAUAUACAGAAGAACAACAAGCUUCUGCUUAGAAGAGGACCAAAGGAGCAUCAAGACCUCAGGCUGAUGGGAAAGCCUGACAUGGACUCACAUCUCCGGCCCAGGAAACUGGAGGGAGCUGACGGAGCAUCGCUGGCUGUUUACAAGAAGCAUAUGGCACUGCAGAAGCCCAAAAGAGACCCGCUGGAGUCCCUCCAUCAAUGUGGGACCUGCUGUGUGAAGAAAUGUUUGUUGUGUGCCCUAAAGAACAGCUACAAUCAGGGGUAGGUGGAGCCAGACGAGAGGUGCCUUGUCUCAGUCGGGUGUCCCGUCGUCCCCAAGGCAGUCAGUGCGCUCAGGCUGCGUUCGCAUCAGGCCUCACCUGUGCCCCUGCAGACUCUGCCCCCCACCCCCACCACCUCCAUGCAGUCUCCGGGGAGGCUCGGCCCCAGGAACGGAGGGCUGGGCAGUCCAGCCUGGAGGUCCCCGUGGAGGGGCAGGUGCCUUGCCAGCGGCUGACCUGCCCUCGCCUCGGCUGUCUGCCCGUCUGCCCCUCUAGCAGGACACCUUCACGCCAGGCCUGGGCAUCCUUCUCACCCUCGGCAUCUGGAGCUGCUUCCUGAUAUAUAUGUACUUCAACCUCUCCGUGACCGAGGAGGACAUGCUUCCCACUUAGGGCCACCGCCGCCGAGCCUGCCAG